AUGUUUAGGCUAUGCCCCUUUUCUAUCCCGCUAUGGUUAAUUAUUCGCCGCAAAUUCUAUUACUCGGCUAACCCAAAAUGUAAAAUAUUCGCAGAUAAAGGAAUUCGACUCCCAAAUUAUGCGACCGGGAAAAAGGAGUCCAUUCCAGAGCGUCCAAUCAUACACAGUAGCGAGUCUAUUAAAGAUUUACAGGUGGCCGGGUUAAUCGCUCGCAAGAUCCUUGCAGAAAUGGGGUCAUUCAUCCAACCCGGAAUUUCAACCUUUGAUGUGGAAACGUUUGUAGUGGAAAAGUGCCUGGAAUACUCUGUGUACCCUUCGUCACUUGCAUACGAAGAGUUCCCCGGCUGUGUGUGCACAUCUCUUAACGAAGUGGCGAUCCACGGAAUUCCAUCCCCCAAUGACGUGCUACAGUCUGGAGAUCUGUUAUCUGUGGACGUAACUGUCUUCACAGGAACGGCGCACGGCGACGCCUGCGAGACCUUCUUGGUUGUGGAUAGAGAUUCCCACUCAUCGGAACUAUACGCUUCCCAGGAGCAUCUUCUCAGCUGCGCCAAACGUGCAUGCGAGGCGGGUAUAGCAGCCUGCGCUCCCGGUUCCAAGUUCUCUACCAUCUCGAAGGCAAUUUCCCAAGAAGUCUUCGAGGGCAGAUGUCGAGUUAUCGCGGGAAUUGGAGGUCACGGCAUUGGAGACUUCUUCCACGGCCCACCGUACGUGCCUCACUGCGUCUUUGAGGAAGGAUCUGCUGAUGUCGAACUACAGAUGCUUCCUGGGCACGUCUUCACUAUUGAACCGGCCGUUGCUGCUGCCGCCAGUGCGCCUUAUCUUGACGCGGUGGCGCAAUACGUGGCGAUGCCAGUGGUAUCAAAGGGGGACGGGUGGUCUGUUCGCACGUCGGAUGGCGUACUCACCGCUCAAUUUGAGGAAACGGUCCUCAUAACAGACAAUGGUGUCCGUGUUUUAACUCGAUAG